AUCGAGAGCCAGCCGUUAGAAAUGGUGCCACAAGAGCGAACAGUUAAGCUGCCAGUGACCAAUAAAUCUUCAAUUUUCUUUUGAUUGCUUGCCGUUUCCACGGCUGCAGUUAACGUUAGUGGCACCGUGCGUUUUGCCAAGAGCAGGAACGUGUUUGUGGCGAAUAUAUAACUGCUCUCCGAGGUAUGUCUGCAUCGAAUCGGGUAUGAUGUGCCGCGUCAAAACUUAGCUAAUCCAUUGGCAAAGGAAAAGAGUGUAAAUGAAAAUAAACCCAGCAAAAUCAGCAACUGCUCAUCGUCAGCAUUACGCAGGAGAAGAGUUCCCUAUCCUUAACAUUGCUUCCCCCGCGUUCCGCCACUUCCCCUGAGGCUGUGUCUGAACAGCAGGCGGUGGCAACGCCAGACGUCUGGAUGGGGUAUUUCGGCCACAAUCCCAUACACCUUAUGUGCGACUGCUAACUCAUCAUCCCCGCAGUAAAGAAAGUACCUAUUGGGCCAGAGAAUAAUAAACACUGCACCUGGAAACCACCUGUCCCGUCGGAAGGUACGCUGUCCCAGUGCGAAUCCUCCUCGAAGUGGAAGAUACCAAACCCUGGCGUUAAAGUGAAAUAUACCUGGCACCAAUGUGUGUGUGUGUGAGCUGCUGCUGCUGCUGCUGCUGCUUGAGCCCCCACCUAAUUUGAAAACCAAAAACAAGCGGUUAAUGGAGUCAAGGAUUUUCCAAUUUAAUUUUCCAUCCAAACUUUUCCACACACCGUCGACCUUCCCGUACCGUGCUACAUCAAUGUUGAUCUAGUUUUCUUUUGCGAGUGUGUGGUUGUCUACAUUACUACGUACAAACCGAUACCCACUAAACCACCAUACACUUACGUAUAUGCACACAUACACACAAACACAUACAUACAUACAUCCAUAAAUAGAGGAUGGCAGCUGACAGCCCGAAAAGUGGAUGAGAGGAUGGUAAAAAAGGAAAUUAUCUGUCCGAUAAACCGAACUUAAUAUAAAACAACGUCGAAGACCACGACGACAGCAAGAAGAGGCCUCCAAAAAACGGUCCAGCAACAGCAGCUUGGUGUUGCGGUAAGGCUCGAAGAUAAUUGGACAUCAACAGCAGCCAGUGGGGCCAGUCGACCGUGCCGUGCCUAGUGCGUGUUUCUCUGUGUGUGGGGCUGUGAAGUGUGUUGUAAGUGAUAUUGUAUAUGUGUGUGAAGUGAACAGUACGAAAAAUAGCAGUAUUUGGGCACGGACAGUCAAAACCCUCCCCCACCCAAAAACUCGCGACAGUUCGCAAUCAAACACCCCUCCAAUCAUCCCAAUCCAUCAGCGUCGGUACCGGAAGCGAGUUUUGUCUGUGAGUGCGAAGACCGUUUGGCUGUUCCUGUCCGGCCAAACAAUCUACAAUGCAGCCGGCUGCGAUCGUCACCGUUGUUGCCGGUGGUCAGGUGAACUGUGUGUGGAAGCAUGUCAGCAGGCAGUAGACCCAUCCCGGAGGAACCAUGUCCGAUAGCGAGUUUGACCGGACGCUCGUACCCCAGGAGCAAUCGCUUGACUCCGUACCGUACUCGACUCCUCCGCUGGUACCACCGGUUGGGCCGUCCGAUUCGUCCAUCUCGACCGUCGUCGCACCCCAUUCCCGUCACCACCGGCUGGAACGGUCCGAAGGGACGGAAACGACGGUGGUGGCGACGACGCCGGAGACGGUGGUGGUCCCAACAACGGGUGCGUUUGCACUGCCACUGUCCACACAACAGCACCGCUUGCAGCUGUUCCGCUAUCCGAAUGCAUUAACGCGACACCACCAUCACACGCCGGCCACAAUCAACAAGCAUGAGCCCAAGCGCGCCUGUACAUCACUUCCGCUCUAUCUGAGCAAGGUGAGUGUACUGGAUGUAUUCGAGGUGCUGGAAGACGACCGCUCGCGGAGUGACCUGUGCUCACUUGCUCCGCGACCUGGUAUGGAGUAUGUGCCAUUGAGGACUCCAGCUGCCGAGACGUAUCACUACCAUCACGUCACUGAUCAAACAAAGUCACUACAGGAUUUGCAGAAUGAAGUCGCCGCUCUACUGGAGUUCCGUGAUCUGGUUAUUGAAACCUUUCCCGAUCUUAAAUCGAAGAUGGCUUCCUCAGCGGCGAACAGCACCCUUACCGGUCUACCAUCGACCUCAUCCCUGGGGAGUCGACGUGAGUGGGAGCCGGGAAUUCGGAUCCGGCGCAAACUAACACAGAAGGAAGUAGGCUGUGCAGAUGUUGUUGGCGGUAGUAGUAGUAUCAGCAAUGCCGGUAACACGAGCAGUACGACGAUCAUUCCCGGUGCCGGUGACGGUGGACCAUCGACGAGUGCAGGAAGUGCGAACGCGGGCACCACCGGCUCGAGCGCCUCCGCCAGCAACACCAAUGCGUCCGAUCUGACCCAUCAUCAUGCGCAUCACCAACAGCAACAUUCGUCGUCCUCGCUGAUCCGCAGCCGUAGCAACUCCCAUAGCGGUAAGAAGGAACCAAAGAGCGGUGAAGGCAACAACGGCAGUGUGAUACAGGAUUCGGGUUUCUCCAACGAAACGUCCUCCUCGAAGGAGACGCACAGUGCGGCAUCCUCGACGAGCGGUGCUGUGCAGGGAACGCUCAUCUUGCCCACGGCAACCAACCGGUUGACGACGGAUGCUGGUGGUGAACUGUGGAACCUGCUCGAUGUGAUACAUAGGAAAAGCAGUCGGCUCCGGGAAGAGGUCGAACAGCAUCUGGAGCGGGAGAGACCUAGGGGAACCAAUUUAGCAAUUAGUCAUCAUGCGCCGGUACACCACCAUCACCAACAUUACGUGCAGGGUAGUGGAGCCGGUGACAACAAUAUCAUCAUUCACCAUAGCAAUCCGGCAGCGGCGGCAACGGUGGCAACGGCUGGUACGACCACGCUGGUAGCCAACGUGCCCGUCACGCCAGUCACCACCUCCACCACGACAGUGGUGGUAUCGGCCGGGGGGGCGUCGACUGCCGGCAAAAGCUUCCAGCGACCGCAUCUGGCGGUGGGGCCGCAGCAACAGCAGCAGGGUGGUCGGUCCGGGAGCGGUACGCUAGCGGACGGUACCGAUCACAAUGUACAAAUACUGCGUAAAGAGCGCGACCGUUUGCUGGACAAGCUGUCCGAGUACGAGGCCGAAAUGAUAGCCGGCCGCAUCCAUUCGGCAAAGAUGCAGGACGAGGUGGAAAAGCUCACGCUAACAAUGCGUGACCUGCAGAAGCAGCUCGCGAUAGCUAACAAUCAGAAGCAGGAGCUGAACAGCAAGCUACAUGAUCUCGCAAAUACGCAAAAUGUAAAUAGAAGUGCGUCUAGUUCACCCGAGACAAUUAAAGCUCGACAGCAGCCGACUGUGUCGCAACAGCAGCAAACGUCACCGCAGCUACUACUUAAGACCGGCACCCCGCGGUACCACAAGGGAUCGGGCGUACAGGGCGAGAUGGACCCAUCCGGUGCCGAACUGUUUCCGAUGGUCGAAGCGGGCGCGGAUGGCGGUGGUGCGGUGGUUGACCCGAGGGCGCUCGGGUGGUUAGAUGGGUUCCUUGGUGCACCCUGGGUACAGAGGGUGCGCUCGCUCGAUUCGCAGAAGAUAGCCGCCAUUCUGCUCGAGACGAAUAUAGUCGGACUGCAGCGUCAUCUGCUGACGGUGACCGUACAGAACCAGAUAUUACAGCAACGGUUGGAUCAAGCGACAGGAUCGCGCACUUUCCUGCAGGAAAAGUUAGAAAAGUCGAAAGAAGAUAUAGAUGAUCUACGGUUUCAGCUGAAGGAGAAAUCGAUCGAACUCGAAGGUACAAAGGCUCAACUGCGUGUGAUCGAGUCAAAAACGUUGAGCAAGUCAGUACCAUCGUCGGCUGUCGGUAGCCCGGAACGGGUCAUCGGUACAGCCUCACCGCCACCAGCAUCGACUAUGCUAUCAUCCUCGUCGAGCACCACCCAUCUGCACCACCACCAGCAUCUGGCACAGCUGGCGAUGCGGCUGCAAUCCUCACAGGUAUCGACGCCCUCCAUGAAGGCUAUGACACCGGUCGUGAUGGAUGAUAUUGUGCAGCAUCAGCAGCUAAACAGCAGUACCGAAUCGACCCAGGAUCAUCCGGAGCGGGACAGCAUAGGUGGUGGACGGUUGCUACAUCAAAACUCACAGCAUCACUACCAUCACCAGCAGCAUCAGCAGCAGCAGCAGCAGCCACAACAACAGCCUCCAGAAACGCCCCGCCGUCGACCAUCUAAGAUACCGUUGCCGGGAUCGAAGGGUUCGGCUGCACCGAAGCCACCGACUGGCCGUAACUUUUCGGCCACUCCCACACCAACCACGCCGACGGCACCGGGCCAACGUCCGCUGGGAGGAGGCGCUUCGUCCGGACCACCGUCCAACCGCAGCCUAACGAAGAGCACCGGCAGCCUGUACGUGAAGUCAACCGAUGCGAACUCGUUCGGCCAGCAGUCUUCUCCUCAGCAGCAGCAGCAGCAGUCUCAACAACAACCACCACAGCCGAUGGCACGCAUGCGUGAUACUACCAGCACCAGCAGCGGCAGCCUUUACCGGGCCGAUUCCGCACUCAGUUGGCGCACCAGCAAGGACACGCCGUCGCUCGAAAAGUCCCGCUCCUCCUCGAUACCGGUGUCGGCCGGUAAGGGACCAGCUAGCGGGGCACCACCAUCGUCCCCUGCCAGCACGAAGGCGUCCAUCAUGGUGUACGGUGGUGCGGUCUGUUCCUCGCCGCAACCACGCGCCAAGCGCGACAACCUCACCAGCAAGGUAAAGAACUGUGAUUCGCUGUCCCGGUUGCAAUCGGCCCAGGUGUCUACGCACGCGGCCGGCAGCACCGGCCAGCUGAGCAAGUCCGGCUCCCGGAAGGAGCUUAGUUCCAGCCCGGGCAGCGGAAUUAGUAGCGGGGAGCGAAAGGCAAGUAUCGGCGGCAGCGGUGGCGGUGGUGUGAUGCGACAUGCCUCGACCGCCUCGAUCGGAUCUGCCGGACAAUCGGACGAGUCUGCAUCGGCUACAGUGACGGCGGCGUCGGGCACCACCACGGCAACCGGCAACACCAACGUCAAGGCUCGAAGAAACAACACAUUCCGAUUGGCGAAACCAACACUGGCACCGCUGACCGUCCCGGACCAUCAUCCACCGGCAGUGGGCAUCGUGUCACCACCGCCCCUUCCAGGCAUUGCGCCCUCACCGGACGCGUACGCGACCUCGCUGAAGGCGGUCGGCCGGGUGCGGUCACAAACGGCCACCGGAACCGUCACGGAGAAGGCAAACAACAGCAGCAACAACACCGUACGUCCAUCGUGCUCUACCUCAGCGCUGUGUGAUAAUGCUGGUGGGCCACGGGAUCUGAUAGCCGAAUAUCUAGCGGCAAAGAAUCGGGCCGCCAGCACGUUCCAGCAGCCACCGGUACCGCCGCCCAUCUUUCACAUGGCCUCGGACCGUCAGCAUUUACUCGUACAGCAGGAUCAGAAGCAGCGGCAGAUUGAUGAGCUCGCGUACAAACAUCCGAUCCUGCUGAUGGACGCCUCGGAGGAUGAUGAGGAGGAGGAGCGUGGUGGUGAUGGUGGUGUGCAGGUGGAGCAGCUGGACGAUGGUGGCGCGGAGAAGAAUGCUGGGCAGGAAUCGUUAAUAGUGCCACGACCGAAGAUGAAUGCAUUCCAGUCGAUCAAGGAGCAGCAAGAUGACGGACUCAGCUGCCGACUCGUCGGUAAGGUGAAUCCAAACAUACUGAAAACCUGGGAGCAACUGUUCGGUGGCGGUACGGGUAAUGCAUGCGCUCAUCAGCGCCGACCAGACAGAACACGGGCGGCUAGUGUGGAGGGUGAGAGCAGCAUCACGAUUACCACCGUUACGACCGCUAAGUCGGCAACAACGGUAACCACCACAACAACGUCCGGAGGAAGUCUAGCGCUCAGCAGUAACAUUACGUCGGAAGCCGGUAGCGAAGCGGACGAUCGUCAAAGUUGUCUGCUGUACUGUCCCCAGCAGCACACGCUCGGCGACGAGUUGUUCGAGUUUAAGGUGAAUCGGGCGGAACAUCCACCGGACCAGUCAUCAUCUUCCCGGCACGCACCGUCCCAGGUAUCGUCCUCCACCACCUGCACCACCGCCACCGCACGCAAUUCAUCCGACGGGGUUUGCGAUUUUUACGACAGUAUUGAUGCCGCCAGUACCUGUCUGGUUCCGCCGGCAACGGACACCGGCAAGGAGCAGGAAGAAAUGGGUGGCGACAUUGGCAGCUACAAUGAUUCGGCGGGCGGUGAAGCGUUGGCCGAGUUAACGUCGCUCGAUCGGAAACGGUUGCUGUGGUCGAUUGCAAUUGAGUAGCAGUAGUAGCGGCGUGUGUCCUGUGAGACAUCUGGAAAGGAUGUUUCUUUUAUCAGUAUUGUUCCGAAAAGAAAGCGGGGGGUCCAGAGCGGAAGCAGCUUCUGGGGUGUCUCUUCGAAUAUUAGUAUUGUUUGGUAGCGGCCCCAACACUACGGGUUUUCCUGCUUCUCGGUACUCGGCUCAGUGAUUCUUCGUUAAGGCGUUAUUUCGUUUGUAGAUGGACAUGCUCUGACAUGUUUCAUGUUUGAGGGGUUAGUUAUGUGUUCUGCACAAUCUAGUCAGCGCUGUGUGCUGUUAUUCCUUCUGUUGCAUCGCAUCCUUCAACAAACACACACACAUAUGUACACGAACCCAGAGACUAGAGACGCGCAGUUUGUUAUAGCUUUGGAAUUUUGGCAGGAUAUAAGUAUGACUGAAACAAGGACAUAGUAACAUGUGAAGAGUCAACCCCUCAAGUGAUGCGGCUAGAAUUACCUACUAAGGAGAAUUGAUGAGAGUAACGGCUUAACACAAGGAUGCUUUGAAGGCAAGUAAUGUUGCCGUUUGCUCCCUGUCGUGUGAUACCUUCUGUUAUUUGCCCCUUGAAGCUUUGGUAGAGCCAGUAUUUCCAGAUUCAACCGUAUACUACAGCUCAUCAGAUGUCCCUUUGGCCGAUCCCAUCCCAUUGUUUCCUAUGUACAAUUACAGCAUAAUACACUCACAUAAUUUUAAAAAAUAAUCCUAAAACGAACCGAAAGUGGUCCUCCAAAGGAUCCGCAUGAUGCGACGGUAGUAUACACAUUCCAGAGUUUUUGGAUCGAUAUUAAUUCCCUAUUUCGGGCUGUAUGGAACGCUUGAAGGCAAACGUUGGUCAGUCGAUGUCGAUGGGUUAAAGCAACGAAGAAUCUUUUAAAGACAAAUGUUUCAAUUAUUUCUGCUCGAGUGAAACACAGUUAGCCUCAAAUGUGCUGAGAUUUUUUUUUUGUGGAAACUCCGUGCUGCAAAUAUGAUCUCUUUUCGAAUUAAUUGCUCCGCUGGAAGGAUAUUAUUGAAUUGGCCGGUCUAACAUUGCCCGAACCUAUGUUUCUUCCGCUGUCAGCGUGUUAAAACAAGCCGAACGGGUAGACCAGUGGAUGGAGCGUGAAAUACAUCAAGUAUUAUCGUGUUUUGAAAAUUACUGUGUGUCUGUGUGUGUGCUUUUCCUGGGGUUGUUGGUGAUUUAUUUUUUUCUUUAACGCACCCUCCACAUAUCAUGCAAAAAAAAUUGCCCUACGAAUGUUUCGUUGCCUUAGAUAAGCGUACCGUCACUCGGGAAUAGUUUCAAUAGGGAAGCAGCAAAAUUGUUACGACAGGAUGUCCAAGACGGGAGCGCGGAUAGAGAGAGAGAGAGAGAGAGAUGCGAUUAGAAAUUUAUUACGAUAACCCGGUUAAAAAAGGAUCCUUUCUCUCUAAAUAAAACCAAUUAACCUAUUGUAUGCCUGCGUGUUAACAGUAAAGGGGGCUAAAUAAGGUUUGUUAAGGGACAGAAAACAAAAUGGCUACUGAUAAUGUGAAGAACAAACAGAGAAGCGCAGAGGUGCAGUAUGUGCCGAAUAAGCGGGUAAAGAAGAUCUUAAUGUAGAAUUAUAUAUAAAUACGGGCAAGGUCAGCAAAAACGCACGUGAUAUAGCAAAACUGGAGAUUGGAAUGGAGAGCAUUACAGGACACACAACAACAAAAAAAGAUGGUUAUACCAUAUGAUCGGUAAUCCCUGGCGUACAGACACGCAAGAUGCUAUAGUAAGAAUCAGGACACAUCCCCACAUUAGGUUUCCGCACUGUAAAUAGAUUUAUACAAGUCGAUCUUUUCUCGCAACCAACGGAGCAAUAGGAAGAAUAGGUUAUGGAAUGUUUGGAGCUUGGAGCAGUGGUGGUAGUCAUGGGACCCUGGAGACCCUGCGAAUGCGUUAGAAGUCGUUUUUUUUUUUAAUGGAACGAAAGCAGGCUGAAUAAUUCAUGUAACUCAUUAGUGAAUGCGAAAAAUAUAUCUAAUCAACCGAAACAAAGAGAGAUAGAGAGAGGGGGAGAGAAGGUAGUAGCAUACGAUAGUUGCAACAACUUGAGGCUUAAGGAUAAUGUGCAGCGCAACUACUACCGCUGCGACUACUAUUACUACUGCUAAUAACUAACUACUACAACUACACAACCAUCCUAUUACACUAUCUACUACAGCGGUCGCUCUCCCCCGUUUGCAAACUCCUUCCGUAGAACUUUAGGUACGCCACCGACGCCUGGUUGCGUGGUAAAAGGGAAUUCAAGCAAACAAAGCGACGGUUACAUUUUAAGCAAUGGUGGUGUGUGUCGGUUUUUGGCAAGAGUGUAAUAUUUGGGGGACGAUAAACUGGCAAGCUGAAUUGAUGAUGAUUACACUAUCCAUGAUGAUUACGGAUUAUGAUUAUUAUUACUACUACUAGUAACUGCUAUUGCGAAUUAUUAUUAUUAUUAUUAUUAUUGUAUGAAUUAUUAUUAUUGUGACUAGCGGCGCGGGGCUCAUCAUCGAGCGGCCACACAUCAUCCCAGGGUGUGGUGCGUGAGAUAGUGGGGUUUACACGAUCGUCAGACGAAUGAUUAUUAUAAUUAUUAUAAUUAAUACAACGGGAACCUACUUGCGGAACUACAAUGGGCAGAACCUCCAGAAUGGACGGAAGUGAUUAAUAGACGGAUGGGCGCGGAGCAAGACGGGGGAUAGUGUAGAAAAGCCGAAGAGGAUUUCCUUCUCAAACUGAUCGAUGGUAUGGCGAGACGAUCAGGAAUGGGAGGGCGGGGGGGAAUGGAAGAGAGGACGACGAACGCUGCUAAUCCCCCUGCAUCCAUGUUGAAAAAUGCUAGUUAUAUAUUUGAAAAUUUCAAAUUACAGUUGUGUAUUUCAAAGAAUUAAAUCGAAAAAGCAUUGAAAAGAGCGAAAGUCGUAAAUAAAAAAAAAACAAAACAAAACAAAAUAAAAUUAUUACAAAAAUUCAUACGAUUUAUACCUAUAACGGGGUAAGGUAAAUUUAGUUUGCUUGCUUCGUUUUUGUUUGUUUGUUGUACCGCGUUGGGUAUAGUGAUGGAUGAUUUUGUUUUUGGUUUUAGUUUGGUUGGCAAAAUUGAAGUAAAUAGUGGUUUGCAUGGCAAAGUUAAAGCA